GCAUUUGGAAUUUUUACACACCCAUUUUACACGAACAUGAAAUCAAUCUCUAUAGUGCAAGGAACUCAGAUUUUAGACCACUUAACAAGAACAUCUGGCCAUUGAAAAUGGGCUGUUGUUGCCUUUCUUCAAGUGGGCCUUUUGCAGUCUGUCUGCCUGCCUGUCAUGGCCCAUAUGGGAAAGAAUCUCAUUUCUUUCAUAGAAAUAGGAAUUUCCACUUCUUUCCAGAUCAUUUCACAGAAAAGGCAAAAGCAAAAUCAUGUAUAUAUAGGAAGAGAAGUUGGAACUGAAAGAUUGAAAACCACCUUUCCUUUUAAUUCCCUUCCAAUAAUGAUGUCUAUGUGCUCAAUGCAAUUAAAGUCACUUUCCUCUCUCUGCCUGUCCAGACUCUCAUGGCUUGGGUAUAUAUGCUAAUCUGCUCACUUGGUAGAGGAUUUAAAGAAAGGCCACAAUCAUUUGGGUAUCUAACAUCCAUCUGAAGUGGUUGAUUGAUUGUUCUUUUGACUGAGAACACAACAGUACUGAUGUCGGUACGCAUCAGUCAUUACGUUUCCGGAAUCAAAGCAAAUGGAGCUACUCUGGGAUAUUGAUGGAUGAGAUGAUGAGCAUUGAACAGAACAGUGGGGGAGCUGAAGUUGCCAUUGUGUUGUCAUUUGAUCUCUUUGGCAAUGGCGCGCAUGAGAUCUGAUUCUCGAGUACAUUUGAGAUCUAGCCAGUUAGGUAAUCUGAAUGCUGUCGAUGUAAAGCAGUACAAGAAUCAUCUGAGUGGUAUGAGUGUUGAGUAGGCCAUUUUAUACUGGCGAUAUUCAAUAGGCAGCCACACUAUAUCUGUUGUUGUCGUCACAGAUUCGAUGUUUGCAUCAGUCAAACGAGAGUUGGAAUAUUUACUAGAUGUCGAUUGCAACAAUAGUCGGAGGUGCAGCAGGAGGUCUAGCAUUGGUGGUGAUAAUUAUUUCAUUCAUAUGGCUUUGCUUGCAACGUUGUAAGAACUACUCAAACAGGAAUUCUGAGACCGGUUCUUCGGAUCCGUCUGCGCCAGCUGCAGGUCCCCAACAGGGAGCUAGGCAAUUUACAAUGGAAGAGUUAGAGCAAGCUACCCAGCAUUUCAGAGAAACCAAACUUAUUGGAGAAGGUAGUUUUGGUUUGGUGUAUAAUGGAUUGCUUCGUGAUGGGACUGUUGUGGCAAUUAAAAGGCGUGUGGGUGCUCCUCGUCAGGAAUUUGUUGAAGAGGUGCAUUACCUAUCAGAGAUUCGGCACCGUAAUCUGGUUAGUCUUCUCGGUUAUUGCCAGGAAGCUGGUCUGCAAAUGCUAGUUUUCGAAUAUGUGCCAAACGGCAGUGUGUGCAGUCAUUUAUAUGAUACUAGACAAGAAUCAGCAACAGAGCUAGAAUUUAAAAGAAGGCUUUCUAUAGCUCUAGGAGCAGCCAAAGGUUUAUUCCAUUUACAUAGUCUGACACCUCCAUUAAUACACAAGGACUUCAAAACUAGUAAUGUCCUUGUUGAUGAGAACUUCAUCGCCAAAGUAGCAGAUGCAGGGAUUUUUGGAAUACUUCAAAGAGUCGAAGAAGCGGGUCCUUCAUCUCGAAUGAUGGGUGGCGAUGUUUUCCAAGAUCCAGAGGUCGAAGCACAGGGCAUGUUCUCUGAAAUGAGUGAUGUUUACAGCUUCGGCGUAUUUCUUUUGGAGCUUGUAACCGGUCGGGAAGCUUUGCAUUUUGGCAUCUCAAGAACAGGAGGAAGCUUAACCCAGUGGGUGGAGUCGCACAUGGGUUCGAAUGAUUUCGUCGAUCAUCGGUUGGGUAGCAGUUUCACCACAGAGGGCAUGAGGGAGUUGAUUGGACUGACUCUGCGGUGCCUGAGUUUAACCAGAGAUCAACGUCCAAAGAUGGGCAUCAUCAUGUCUGCCCUUGAUCAAAUCCAAGAGAAAGAGAUGGCAAUGACUACAGUCAUGGGGGAGGGCACUGCUACAUUUAUUCCUGGAAGCCAUUUAUUUACAUCCAUGUGAAAAGCCGACAUGAUUGUGGGUCUUGAUUUAUAUUUGGUGGGCCAAUUUUAAAAUCUCUAGUUAUGUGGGGGGCCAAGUAUUUUUCUGUGUUGGUUAAAAUUUGUUGGGCUGGCUGUAAAAUGUCUAGUUGUGGGGCCCAGAUUUUUCUGGUCAGCAACAAAGAAACCAGCUUUUGCACAUUCGUAUUCCUUGCGUGUAAGGAAGAACCAGCAGCACUUCGUUCUGCUAGCAGCUCGAGAUGCACAGGACGGAUUUUUAUUUUUCUUUUUUCUCCGUUUUUUCUUCUAUCAUGUGUAAUUGCAGCUUUGUUAUUUGGGAAGGUUAGAGUAAGCAAUUAAGCAUUUUCAGCCCUGAAUUGUCAGGCUACCCAUUUGAUUGUGUACAUUAUGCAGGUGCUUUUGAUAUUGAUAUUUGGAUAUUGUAUGAUGGAUUUGGUAUUCAACAA